AGAUUGCAACAAUUGUAGGCACGGCGGAACCCCAUUCAUUUGACACUCUUGUCUCCAAAGCUAGAAAUGUUGAAAGACAAAUAGGCCGACAAAAGAAUGUGCCUCAAAAAUCUCGAAUGACUGAAGAUAAGAAGUUCNACGCUCUUGUCUCCAAAGCUAGAAAUGUUGAAAGACAAAUAGGCCGACAAAAGAAUGUGCCUCAAAAAUCUCGAAUGACUAAAGAUAAGAAGUUUGAUAAUAAGAAGCAAACAAAGAAAGAUGAGGCCAUGCCUACAUUUGUCAAUGUCAAUAAGAAGAUAGAAAAUGGAAAAGGAAAUGAAAUCCCUAAAAAUGGGAAAGAAACUUCCAAAAAUCCCUUAUCAAAUAAUAUUUUCCUAGUUGAAAACGAGUCCAUCCCCAAUGUCAUGCUACCAAAGGGGGAAAUCCAAGUUACUUUUGUUGUCGACGGUGAGCUUACCUAUCAGUAUGCUUAUCCGGACAUGCCCCAUUCAAAAAAUCCGACAAUUCCAACACUUCAUGAGCUUAUGACAUAA